AUGUUUGACCCUGUGGAGCUGCAGAAGCUAGUCGACGAAAGCCUAGAACGCUAUCCUACUUCAACGGCGGGAGUAGUGCACCAUAUUGUCACAAAGCUUCGGGAACAACAUGGAUCAGCUUUGAUCAGCGAGGAUCCGUUCCCCCAUGCUGCCCAGAACAGCACCGAGAUUUCACCCAUCUCAGCCUACCCGUCGCAAUGGGUCUUCAACAAUGCCGGGGGUGCAAUGGGAAGCAUGUACAUUAUUCAUGCAAGCAUAACCGAGUAUCUGAUCAUCUUCGGCACGGCUCUUGGGACUGAAGGCCACACUGGCCGACAUACAGCAGACGACUACUUUUUCAUCCUCGAGGGCGAGCAGUGGGCGUAUCCAGCACAUUCACUGGCCCUCGAACGCUACCCGCAAGGAAGCAUGCACCAUCUUCGCAGGGGCAAUGUCAAGCAGUACAAAAUGCAUCGCGGGUGUUUUGCUCUUGAACUUGCUCAAGGUUGGAUUCCACCUAUGCUUCCAUUUGGGCUGGCAGAUACCAUGUUCUCCACGUUGGAUUUCCCUACAUUUGCCAAUACAGUGUGGUUGACGGCACAAAAGAUGGUGGGUUGUCUCCUGGCGGGCAAGAUCUAG